UAUUAUUAUMCAUAGUUUACCUUUAUAGUUUAUAUGAAACAUGAAUAUUUCAAGGAACACUUCAGUUCGUUUUAUUGUUUUGUUAAUUUAUCAGUAAUUAUUAAUUUUUAAUAGUAUGUACUAUGUACCUAUUGUAGCACUAGGCAAUAAGCAUAUUAUCCUUAAGUAGGUAAACUUGGUUAUCAUUAUAUAUGAAGGGAACAAAGUUUAAGGUUGUAAUCAAAAAUAGUAUUUUAAAAGUAAUGUGAUUCAAAUUUGUCUGGUUCAAAAUCUACAGACUACAGUGAUGAUGAAAUUAGUUAAUGAUCCUUGYGGUAUUUUUUGUAUAUUAUUCACAUAUACUUCAAUCAUAUACGCUGACUAUGUAGUGAUACAAUGGGUUGUUUUGCACACUAUGCAAGACAGCUUACAUUCAGUAAUUUUAAUAAUGGAAAGUGCUCUCUUUGGUAUGUUUGUUAUUGCAAUUUUAUAUGAUCAAAUGGAUGCUAUUUAUAAUGAUCAGACAACAAUUGAACAAACAGUCUACAAACGUCCAAAUCCAUUACAUAGAUAUAUAUUUUCAGUUAUUUGCCGAUGGCCAAAAAUAUCUAGAUCUACAUCUAAACUUAAUAUUCGAUCUGUAUAAUUUAUUUAUUGUUACUUUUUUUAAUUUAUUAAUUUAGGUACUAAUUAAACCAUUAAAUAUUUGAA